CGCGGACCAUUCAAUCCUGGAGCGACCGUGCACGAGUCUCCAGUUUGUGCUCGCUCUCUGGUUUCUUCUCCGAGCCAAGUACUUGCAAGAAUAGCCUGUGACCUGCGUGACUGCGAAAGCCGUAGUGUGGCAACCAUGUGGAAUAUCUGCUCAGUAUUAGCGGUGCUUUGUGGUGUAUUCGAGGUGGUACAUGGAGAAUUUGGGCCUCACAGUGACUUGAUCACAUCCUUACCCGGACUGCAGAGUACCCUUCCAUUCAAGCAGUACAGCGGGUAUGCCACGGUGGCCGCAGCGAACGGGCGAAACCUCUUCUACUGGUUCGUCGAGUCACAGUCGUCUCCCAGCGACGAUCCGCUGGUCCUGUGGCUCAACGGAGGCCCGGGAUGCUCGUCUCUCGGUGGUCUCACGUCCGAGAAUGGGCCAUUCCAACCCACCAGAAACGGGAGUUUGGACAUGAACGAAUUUUCGUGGAACAAGGCAGCAAAUGUUAUCUACCUGGAGUCACCAAGCGGCGUCGGUUUCUCCUACUCGAACACCAAGAGCGAUUAUGACAAUCCUGGCGACGCGAGCACAGCUAAAGAUGUGGUGACCUUCCUCGUUGAAUUCCUAAAGGCUUACGACCAGUUCAAGGGACGGGACUUCUUCAUUUCGGGUGAGUCCUAUGGCGGGCACUAUGUCCCGACCACGGCCAAGGCAAUUGUGGAGCACAACAGCGCGAACCCAGGCGAGGCGAUCAACCUGAAAGGCAUACUCAUAGGUAACGCGUGGACAGUGGCUGGUGAUGACAAUCUGGGAGUAGUGCAGACAUGGCUUGGCUAUAAUCUGGUCAGGGAAGCCAGUGGCAAUGACGUAGUGAAGUACUGCAACCUCAGUAACAUGCUGCCCAUCCUGGAAGAGCGCAUGGGAGUGCGGCUAGGGCUAGACUUGCUGGCUGAAGGAGAAGUGGCUAGCGAGGCACAGUGCCAAGCCGCUCUGGCCCAGGUUAGCAGGGAGACGGGUAACAUCGAUCCGUACGAUAUCUACCAGCUGAUGUGCCUGGAGGAUGCACCACGUCAUCGCACGGCUUUCCUGCAGAAGAUGGCCGACUCGGAUGCACCGCUGAGAUUCCACGCACGCAACGCUCUUCGGCGCAUGCAGCUUGAGGCCAACGGCCCCUGUCAAAUGGAACACUCGCAGGCAUAUCUCAAUAUGAAGACUGUUCAAGAUGCUAUCCAUGCCAAGCCGACGCGGUGGAGCGAAUGCAACAUGCAGAUCAAUGCCAACUAUUCUCGGGUGGACUUCCUGGCAUCGAUGAUACCAGUACAUCAGUAUCUCUUGAAGAGCGGCAUUCGCACGGUCGUGUACUCUGGCGAUAUCGACGGUAUUGUGCCGACUCACGGCACUCGCAACUGGAUUGCACGGCUAGUUGCCACGGGAGCCAUCGCGGUGACCAAGCCCUGGCGACCCUGGGCCGACUCGGCAACUCAGGUCGGCGGCUUUGUGACGAACUACGGCGCUCAGUUCUCGUUCAUAACCGUGCACGGCGCGGGUCACAUGGUGCCGUCCACACAACCACUCAGGGCGCUGGAUGUGCUCACAAGGUUUCUGAAGAACACAAUCUAACCGGAUCAGCGGUAUGACAAAUACAACAAUAUGCCAUACCUCCUGUUAUGUCCAUGGUCAUUCAUCAGAAUCCUGAUCAUAGAAGAAAAACAGAUACUGCAAUGGAGCAUCCCUAUAUGCUAGGUUCUCGCUGAUCUCAGCUACUUCAAGUAAUUUAUACUGCAGUGUUGUUGUACUGAGGAUUUACUGAUGAUCUCAGGUAGUUAUACAGUAUAUUGAGAUGGGAUUUACUCAAUUUAUGAACUGAGUUGUUCGCUCAUCCAUAUUUUAGACUCGUCAUUGCACCACGGAGAGAUGAGACCGACUGACCUGGCGGAAAUGUACAUGUACUUCAACAAUUUGUAUUUAUUCCCGAGCUCAUAAUAAUAAUUAUUAUUGUGGUGACGUGCUGUA